GGCGGCGCUGGGCGCGGGGACUCGGCGGGCGGCGCGAAGCGCGGAGCGGGAGCCGGAGCCGCCGCCGCCGCCACCGCCGCCACCUGCGCGGCCGCCAACAAGAUGUCAUGGCACCCCCAGUACCGCAGCUCCAAGUUCCGGCAUGUCUACGGCAAGCCCGCCAGCAAAGAGAACUGCUACGACUCGGUGCCCAUCACACGCAGCGUCCAUGACAACCACUUCUGUGCCGUGAACCCCCAUUUCAUCGCUGUGGUCACUGAAUGCGCCGGCGGGGGCGCCUUCCUUGUCAUCCCCUUGCACCAGACGGGAAAGUUGGACCCUCACUACCCCAAGGUCUGCGGGCACAGGGGGAACGUCUUGGACAUCAAGUGGAAUCCUUUUAAUGACUUUGAGAUCGCCUCCUGUUCCGAAGAUGCCACGAUCAAGAUCUGGAACAUCCCCAAGCAGCUGUUGGCCAGGAACCUCACAACCUACAGGAAAGAACUAGUGGGUCAUUCGCGCCGGGUGGGGCUAGUGGAGUGGCACCCCACGGCCGCCAACAUCCUCUUCAGCGCUGGCUAUGACUACAAGGUGAUGGUGUGGAACCUGGACACAAAGGACUCUGUAAUUGCAAACCCCGUGAGGACAAUCACCUGUCACCAAGAUGUGAUCCUCUCCAUGUCCUUCAACACCAAUGGCAACCUGCUGGCCACCACCUGUAAGGAUCGAAAGAUUCGGGUUGUCGAACCCCGACGAGGGAUUGUCCUCCAGGAAGCCAGCUACAAGGGGCACCGGGCCAACAAGGUGCUGUUCCUAGGGAGUCUCAAGAAGCUGCUCUCCACGGGUACCUCCCGAUGGAACAACCGGCAGAUGGCCCUGUGGGACCAGGACAACCUUUCUGUGCCCCUCACAGAGGAGGACCUGGAUGGCUCCUCGGGUGUGUUGUUCCCCUUCUACGACCCGGACACCAGCAUACUGUACAUUGUGGGGAAGGGAGAUGGGAACAUCCGAUACUAUGAAGUGAGCACUGAGAAGCCUUACCUGAGCUACCUGACUGAAUACCGUUCCUACAACCCACAGAAGGGGAUUGGUAUCAUGCCAAAGAGAGGUCUCGAUGUGUCUUCCUGCGAGAUCUACCGCUUCUACAAGCUGAUCACAACCAAAAGCCUCAUCGAGCCCGUGUCCAUGAUUGUACCCCGGAGGUCAGAAUCCUACCAAGAGGACAUCUACCCACCCACGGCAGCAGCCCAGCCUUCCCUGACAGCCCGAGAGUGGCUCAGUGGAAUGAACGGAGAGCCCAUCAUGAUGUCCCUUAGACCCGGCUCCGAGCUGCUGGACUCCCAGCCACUGCCUCCAGAGAGACUCCUCUCUAAUUCUGUGGUCCAAGCUUCCCCCAGACCCUUGGAACCCAUGGCACAGCUGGCCACCAAUGAUGGCCAGACACCUUGCUCUCGGCUGGAAGAAAAGGCACCAAAGUGGGCCACGGAGCAGAAGCUGGGGAAGUCCUGGCUCACCAAUGGCUUUGAUGUUUUUGAAUGCCCCCCACCAAAGACAGAAAAUGAGCUGCUGCAGAUGUUCUACCGGCAACAGGAGGAGAUCCGGAGGCUCCGGGAGCUGUUGAUGCAGAGAGAGGUUCAGACCAAGCAGCUGGAACUGGAGAUCAAAAACCUGCGGAUGGGCUUAGGACAUUUCUGAGCAGAGGUCUCCGCCACCCUUGCCCUCAGGGACAUCACUAGGCUCUGUGGGGAGGUCCAGACCAAACCAUAGGUCCCCGAGAAAAACCACUAUUUCUAUAUUUUAUACCAGAAAACAAAAUUCUCAGUCGCUGAAAGAGAUCCCAGUGGGACACGGUGCGCUUCCCUGUUGCCUUCUCACUGCGCAGUGGUUUCUGCCCUGACUGGUUUAGAUUGCACCCUGCCUUCUGCUGAAUUUCUGGUUUUAAGGGUUGGUGAGGCGCUCUGACCUCCCAGAGGGGAAAAGCUUGGUAGAAACAUCUGGAAGGACUAGAUAGGUCAACCUGCCUGUGGUUUGCAACUCUGGUCAUGGAGUAGGGGGUGGUUUUGGUCCAUGGUCUCAUUCUGACAGAUGUUCCCCAUCUCCAUCAGCCCACUUUGGAAUAUGUACUUUGACUGCUAAAUUAUCUUUUAGAAGUUUGAAAACUACUGUCUGGAUUAAUUCCCUCAUUCUGUAGGUGAGGAAGCUGAGGCCCAGAGAGAGAGACACGUAAGAUCUGUUUCCUGGCAGGGCUGGACUGAGGUCCUGUCCUUCUGGGUCCCCACAGUAGGAAUCCACUGCUCUCUGACCUCAGCUAUGUCUGGACUUCCCUGGUGACCUCUUGCCAAGUACUUCUCUCUCUGGUCUCAGUUUUUCCAUCUGAACAAGGAGGAAGUUCCAGUGAGCUGCCCACUCUGUGACUUGCCACCAAAUACUUGAUUUUGACCAUGCCUGUGGGUGGAUGACCUGGGCUUAAUGAAGAAACUCACGCUGGUGCAGGGGCUCAGUCUGAGAGGAGUGAGUGAAGAUGUGGCCCAAUUCUAAACCACAGACAGGUGGCCACACCCAUCCUUCCAACCAGAAUCAGCCAGAUGGGGGUAGGGGGUAGAUAGUUCCACAGCGAGGGGGGGGGGGGGACACGGACACACACGACACCAACCUGUGUCCAUGUCUGUUGAUUCCAGAGCCUGCCUCCUCCAGGGGGGCAGAUGGAAACUUCCAUCCAGGUUAUCCAAAGGCCUCUGAGAAGUGGGGCUGUUGGGGGCCCGGGAGGUGGGGCAGCAUGGGAUGUAGCCAAGCCCUGUGGCCACCCACCAGGAAGGGCUCUGGUUGACUGCACUAGGUGAGAAUGUGGGAGCAGACAGCAUCUGGUCUGAAAGCCUGUGCCCCUCCCUGUGUGUCCUGUGCCCUGUUCUGAGGCUCCCUCUUUCGUGAUGGUCAGGACAGCACCCCAGCUGGUGCCUGAGAAGAGUUUGGGACAAACCUUACUUCCGAAGCUUUCCAGACACACACACACACACCCGCUCCCCUCUGGACAGGUGAUGUUUUCCCCAUCCCACAGGGUCGCUCUGGAGCUCAAGUGGGAUUUGCAGGAGCCGCCCAGAUGAACAGACUUCAACCCGUUGUAUCUAUUAGCAUCCCUCUAGCUGGACAUACGAUGACCAGACCCACCCCACUGAUACUAACUUCAGUGGAAAGUGUGGCCCUCUGGACAAGCUGCCCAGGUGACUUCAGUACAAUGGGGAUGGAGACGCUUUGGGCUGGUCUUCUGCAUGAGUAGGACAGUCCCAAGACUCCCACAUGGCCCUGUCCCUCACCAUCCUGGCUGUCUGCACACGCCAGAGUCCUGUGCUCCAUGCAUCCAUCAUCACUAGACUGGGCCUCUAUCCCUGACGGUGAACCAGCUGUGCUGGCCUUACUUGUGCUCCUGAGAAAAUGGCUAAGUCCCAGUUGUUGAUGGGAACUGGAGCUCCUGGACUGGGGCUCUCUCCUUGCCUUUGUGACUAGUAGUAUAUCACAGUUUGUACAGCUCCCAACCCCACCUCCAAUCCCAUGUUCAGAAAGCAGGACAGCCUCAGAGUGAAGAAACCAGUCCAAAGCUACCACCUAUGUGUGGCUGAGGGUGAGAUCCACAGAGCUUUCCAUCAUGUCUCUGUACAAUCCCUCCCACCCUCACCCCAAGAAAAGCUCUCCCUACUGUAAGGGACCUAGACCCAGACCUCAUAUUCUAGAACAGGUCACAGGUGGCUAUGAACAAAUUUAUUUGUUGUUUUUUCUGUGUUUUCUUUUUUUUUUUUACAUCUAGAAUAAAUUAUUUAAAUUAUUUCAUAGCAAGGGAGAGGGAUAGGUAAUUUUUAUCAGAUAUUUUUUUAAAGUCAUCUUUUUUUUUAAGAUUAUGUGUUUAUGUUCUUGAGUUGAUGGAACAACAGUGCCCACGAAGGCAGUGUCCACCCAGUGGCAGGGCAGGCCCUCAUCUCCUUAUUUCAUGCCUUGGGAGCUUCCUUUCUGUUGACUCAGGAACUUAGUGUGGAUGAGGAGAGCGCUUGGAGAUGAGCAAUUGGCGGGUACCCACCUUAGCUCUAGAAUAAUUCUGCUUCCUGGAACAAAACUUGAGGGCGUGCCCUAGAGGAAAACAGGAAGUGAGAAAUCUAUGCUUUUCAUAUGAAACCGUGCCUGAAGCCGUUUGAAUGAUUGUUUUAAUGUUUCUUAAAUUCCUUGUACCUUUGUAAAAAAAAAAUUAAAUAAAAGUAAAAAUAGAUGCAGAAUUGUGCAAUGGAAGAAUAUAACAAUCAACACUGGGUGGUAAUUCCCCCGCUGUAAUCCGAGCGCUUGGAAGGCUGAGGCAGAAGGAUUGAAUUUCAGUCCAGCCUGGACAAAGAGUGUGAGACCCUGCCUCAACCAAAAUAAUAAUAAAAUACCAACUUGAUAUUGUGA